AUGUCGGAAAAUUACGGCAGCUAUCAGACAGAGAUCUACGGAAAGGGUGCCCUUAUGGGCACCAUGCCCAGCGUCACAACCGAUCCCCGGUUGUUAGAGGAGCAGGCAAGCAAGGCUCUUGGAGCCAGGGCAUUCAACUAUGUAGCUGGGGGGGCAGGCGAAAAGGCGACCAUGGAUGCCAAUCGCCUUGCGUUUCGUCAAUGGAAGAUGUAUGCAUUCAAGUUCGUCUUUUGCGCCAUUUCUAACGGUAUUCCAUAG